UUAUAUAUAUACAUGAGUGAAAACAAAGAGUGAAGCAAAGUGUGUGUCACACACAAAACUAGAAUUUUAUACCUAAAAAAAUAGAAAACAAGCUGCUGGAAAAUAAAUUUCAAUUAUGUUGUGGACUUAAAAUGAUUUGGAAGAUGAAGUGACUGGACUAAAGCAGAAAACAAAGCCUGAAGUGCUCUUUUGUUUUGACAGUAGAUAAUGGAAAAUGGGAGCUUUAUGACAACAAUCUCUAGCCAACCAAUGAACAACAACCACACCCUCAACACCUCGGACUCAGCAGAGUAUAGCGAUGCAGAACUCGUGCUGCUUGGUGUUGCCAUGGCUGUUCUGGUUCUAGCCAUAGUUUUUGGUAAUGUGAUGGUGAUUACAGCCAUCUUGCGGUUCCAGCGGCUCCAAACGGUAACAAACCUCUUCAUUGCCUCACUUGCUGUCGCUGACCUCAUCAUGGGAGUGAUUGUGGUCCCAUUUGGCUCCAGUAAUAUCCUGCUGAGAAAAUGGAAGUUCGGAAACUUUAUGUGUGACUUCUGGACAGCAACGGAUGUACUGUGUGUAACAGCCAGUAUCGAAACACUGUGUGUGAUUGCUCUAGACCGCUAUCUUGCCAUCACCUCACCUCUUCGCUACCCAACUCUGCUCACCAGGGGUCGAGCCUUUGCAGCAGUGCUUGGAGUUUGGGCAGUAGCCUCCCUCAUCUCUUUCCUGCCCAUCUAUCUGAAGGUGUGGGUGUCAAACAAAGACGAUGCUAUGAAGUGCAUUGAAAACGAGGACUGCUGUGAAUUCCACAUCAACACAGGAUACGCAGUGUCUUCUUCCAUAGUGUCAUUCUACCUGCCGCUGGUGGUGAUGAUUUUUUUGUACAGUCGUGUUUUCCAGGAAGCUCACAAACAGCUGGAGAAGAUCAGAAGGAGAGAAAGGCACUUCUACAACUUACACUGCUCUGCACAGCUGACUUAUCCUGAUGAUAGUCCUGCGCUGAAUAAAUGCAGGGCAGGAACUGAUGUGGAAGAGCAAGCAGGAGAGGACAGUCUAAACAUGCAGCAAUCUGGACAAACAGACACUGGCAAAAAAGAGAAGGGGGAAGAUAACACAGUGAGGACAGAAAAGGGGGAAGGAAGGCACUCUGCCACAAAGCGUCUAAAGUUCUGUCUUAAGGAGCAUAAAGCUGUGAAAACUCUGGGGAUCAUCAUGGGAACAUUCACAUUAUGUUGGCUACCUUUCUUUAUCCUCAAUAUCCUAAUAUCCAUUAAUCCUGGUAACCUUAUAGUGCCAUUUAGAUUUUUUAAUUGGCUAGGCUAUUCCAAUUCAGCCUUUAACCCACUCAUCUACUGCCGUAGCCCUGAUUUCAGGCAUGCUUUCCAGGAAAUACUUCAUCUCGGGGGCAAGGGAAGAAGCCAGGGACUGAGGAGAACAUGGGGAUGGUGUUGCAAGAGAAAUAGUUACGUAAAGCAGCAACGCAGGCUGAAUGGGAACUCAAACCUGGAUGGUGUCAGAAGGCUGGAUAUUCCUCAAGCAGCAGGGUGGAAGGGCAAUCUGGAGAGCUCCGUGCGAGAAAACUCGCAAACUUUAGCACCACCAAAUCCCCACUCCGAGCAAGUUUUAGACGUGACCCCAGGCUCCUUGAACAGCUGGCAAGCAACCAGCUCUGCUAGUUGGAACUUAAAGGAAAAUCUUGCAUCCAUUGCUUGAUCAAUUCCGAUAACAGACUUUACAUUUGGAAAGUAUGUCUGUGCUGUAGACACCCAUUUGUUUAAGAAAACGGUUGGCUUGGUUGAGAUUGGCUCAGCUUUACAGUCUUGCUGUUGGGUAAUAUUUUAGUCUUAUUGUGAUUUUACUUGUGAUCAAACUUCUUUUUUUUUUUACAAGAAACAAACUAAAUCACAAAGGCAAGCCUUGUCUUAAAUAAAAUGUGUAACAGCUAAACUGAAAGAUUUUUAACAAUAGCUGUGAAAUUGCAGCCAAUUAUCUUGGAGAGCAACAUAUGCUUGGUGUUGUAAACUGAGAAUAUGACCACCUUUUAGAUAAAAGGAAAACAAAUAAAUCUACUCUAGAUCAACACAGCUACUGCAUAUUUUGAUGUAAGCCUAAAUUAUUAAGAUAGAUGCACAAAUGUGCAGUAUUCACUAGAUGAACUUUGAAUGAAUGCAAAGUUAUACUUGUAAAGUGUGUACAAAAGUGGUGUGACUCUAGGGAUUUUGAUGAAAAUUAACAGAACACACUGUAAGUAAAGACUGAUGGCUGCAAAAUACCAUGUAGACUAUUACAAAUAUUGUGCCUGCUUAUUCAUUCCUAAAUCUUCAUUCAUGGAAAAGUGUCAGAAAGUGACUCUUGUUUAAAAUGUUGUCAAUGUUGCUUGUUUACUUCCUCAUAAAACUGCCAAUAUGCAUCCGUAUUUGUGUCACGGCUGUUGUGGAUGUUUGUAAAACAAAAAAGAAAGAAAAAGUAGCAAAGGUUCAAAUAAUUUGGUUAUAAAUAUGUAUUCAUAUCCUAGAAGUUCAGGAUGAGUGAGUUUAACAUCAGGAAAUGUGUUCAGGUGUUUCCCAAGCAAUGUAUAAUCAUAAUCUAAUGAAUCGCAAAUCUUUUUCACCAUGUUUUUAAAGGGAACCUGCUCAGUUUAAACCACAGAGAGGAGAUGAUUACGAAAAAAAACAGCUGUAAUAAAAAAGUUGAAACUAAGAAAAUACAGCAAAUGAAUAAAGACCACCCACAUGUGGUCAUUGUUGAACUCUCUGAACCCAAAAACUUUGGUUAGAAGUCAUGAGGCAGAAAACACAAACAGGUAAUUUUUUUUUUUCUCCAUUUGCAACAAAAACCACACAUUCAGACAAAACAGCCGCAUAACAGAGAUUAGAAACCACACUUUUGUUUACCCUGACGCUAAAACUGGCUUUUGAACCAGGGGUCCCAUUUGAGGCUCAGUUAUGACAAGAUAAUCAUAAACAGUUUCCCUUUUUUUAAUUUCACUCAGAUAAACCUUAACACCAUCUACUUCUGUAUAUUUGUGUGUAUGAUAAACUUAUGUGACCCAGACACAUGUUUUUUGUGACAUGUUCUUUGUCAGAAUAUUCUCUUUCUUUCAUCACAUAUUUCCUGGAACUUUUUGUCUCCACAAACACCAUCUUGAACCCACAUGUUCCUUUUAUGUCGUCUUCUUCAACUCUACAAACAGUGCGGUCUGUCAGACAGAGAUGUAGAGAUCAUUUCCAUGCAGCCGGGUCUGUUGUUUACAUAACAGUGUCUGUUCCACUCACUGUUAAGGCAUAGCAAUCAUUUUAUACAUAUUUAAGUAUCACGUAAAGUACAUCUAAUCUAGUUGUUAUGUGUAAAUGUGUCUAAAAUGACUUAUUAUAUACAUCUGAGCAGAAGCUUGGUUCAAAUGGAAUUGUAUUUGACUUUUUUAGUGUGCUUUUUUAAAUUAAAUUACAAAUAACAGCUGGCCUUGUGUAAUCUGCAAAGUCUACUUAAAAUCAGGUGGACAGAUAGAACAGAUAGAGUCUCUCUAGUCUUGCCGUUAUGAGUCAGUUAUUUAUUUUCAAAUUAAAAAGUUACAGCUGAACAAAGUAUUAAAGGUUUCCAACUGUAUAUAUAAUGUAAAAAUGUCUGAAAAUGUGAAUGUUCCUGUGCGGGUUUAUUCUGAUUAAGUAUUUCUGUAAUUUAAAGCUUGAUACAUGCCACUGAAUUCCUGUAAUUUACUGUUAUGUACAUGAAAUUAAUGUAGUUGUGCUUGUGUUACAUGACUAUGUUUGUUUUUGUUUUUUUGUGUUUUUUUUUUUUUUUUGUUUUACAAAAUUUACAUUGACUUAAUACAUUAAUUAAGAUUAUAAAAAAACUUUCAAAUGAAUCUAUUGUACUCUAAGUAUGACUGGCACAGCCUUAACUCAAAGAAAGUUAUGCUUGGGUAAUACCAAGAAAAAUCUGAAAAUAAAACUUAGUUCAGAAUCUUUUGAUAAGAAAUAAAAGUUUAUUUUCUACCUCC